CCAUCCCGUAGGGAUAAGGAUUGUGAUUGAGAUAUUAGUAUCAAAUCACUCUCGUAUCUAUUUGGUUGCAUAGCAACGUUAACAUUACGUGGCGUUGCUUGAAUCUGAGUUCAUUAUCUUAGUCUUUUCACACUUGUCAAAAAUAUCUGUCAAUUAAUAAAUUGUAUGCUAUUUUAAUUCCCUGAAUAGUAUUGUACUCCCAUGACUUGUUUUGAAAGAAAGUUGCUGUUCUCAAAAGUUUUAAAGAAAGUUUCAGAAAUAUUUUGCAUAUAAUUUCUUCUUAGUUUUGGGAGAAUUCUUACCAUAGGUCAUCAUGCCUCUAACAAAUGAAAUUGUUGUUGUUACUGGUUCAAGUGGCUUCUUAGGUCAGCACAUUGUAAAGCUUUUGCAAGAAAACGAUGCAGAAUGUGGCGAGAUACGAUUAUUUGAUAAGCGGCCCUAUGUGAACCAUUUGGGUCAUAAGGAGACAAAACCUAUGAAACACUAUAUUGCUGAUGUUAGAGAUAUGGAUGCUCUUUCAGAAGCAUUAACUGGUGCUGAUUCUGUAAUUCAUGCUGCUUCAGUUGUUGACACAAGUUUGUUUCCAAAUGUUGAGGACAUGGUUUCUACAAAUAUGGAAGGUACUCGGAAUAUUAUUGAAACUUGUAUUCAAAAAAAUGUAUCCCGCUUAAUUUUUGCUAGUACUACUGAUAUGGUUUGUGGUUCCGAACAUAUUUUUUAUGGAACUGAAUCCACCACUCCAAUUCCUACGAGUUUCAUGAUUGGAAAGUAUGGUGAAACCAAGUGUCAAGCUGAAAAGCUUGUAUUGGAAGCUAGCGGAAAAUUGUUAGCGAAUGGAGAAAGAACUCUUCGCACUAUAUCCCUCCGUCCCGUACCUCUAUAUGGUGAACAAGAUAAGCAUUUUAUUUACAAAGUUUUGAAGUACAUCAAGAAGAAUAAUUCUUAUUAUCUCAGAGUUCGAAGUCUAGACGAGCGUUUGCAAAUCUGUUAUGUUGGCAAUGCUGCUUGGGCUCAUAUCAGAGCUAAAAGUAGACUUGCUGAGGAUGAAACCGUUUCUGGUGAAGCCUUUUUUAUUACUGAUGAUACUCCUAUCAUAGACAUUCAUGAACAUAUAAGAUCAUAUGCUGAAGCAAGGCACUUCAAAGUGAGUGGUUUUGUAUUUCCAUACUGGCUGGCUUGGAUUAUUCUCUCUUUGAUCUAUCUGUUAAUACAUGCUGUUAACAUAUUUGUUCGAUUUGAUGUUGAUAUACCCAAUGUAAACCAAUUAAAUUAUAUGUGCUCUACAUUCUUUUUCAAUCGUAGUAAAUCUACCCUUCGUCUCGACUAUCAACCUAUAUAUAGUCCAGAGAUGGCUCAUGAUUUGGCCUUUCAGUACUACAAAAGCGUUGAAUUAUGAAUAUCAUUGAAAUCAUGAUGGCUUUGGAAAAUUUUUACAUUACUUAUGGAAAAUCACAAUAAUUUUUUUCUUACUUAAUAGUAUUAUAAUGUCAUUUUAAAAAAAUAUCUUAAAAUAUGGAUUCCAGUAGUGAAGAGUUAUUUGUAUUUAUUGAACUCUUUAAUAUUAGGCGUUUAUUCAUGAAUUUAAAUAAUUGUAAUGGAUAUUGAAGGGCUUUUUUUUUUUACUAAUCAUUAUGUCUUUGUUUAAUUACUGAUGUUAUGUUUUCCUUUCAACAUUUUUUUCCUUGUUCUUCAGAAAUAUUUUUCUACUAUGAAUAAAUCACUAAUUUAUGUAUUUUUAUACUGUGAAUUUUAUAAAACUGAUGUAUUCAAGUAUUGUUUAACCAAAUAAAAUCUAGAAAAUGUUCGCAAAGUAUAUUUUUAAGUGUGGCAUUUGAUGUAAUAUCAGAUGAAUUUUAGCUUACAGAAUUUGUUUUAUUUAAGUAAAAGUAUAUAACUUGUCGUCUAAAAAUGUGUUUAUAAAAAAUUGUUCUAUUAAUAUAGCAAUAUUUAGGAAUUGGAAAUGGAAUUUGUGAAUAAUUGAUAUUUUCGUGCAUUGUCUAUGCACAUAGAAAUAUUGCAUGUGCAGGGAAAUGUUAUAAAUAUGUUAACUAUAUUUCAUGCUGGUUAAACCUCUUGUUAUAUUAUAUUUUUGUAUUUAUAUAUACUAAUAAAUGAUUUCAUAAUUUUCUA